UUUCGUUACCCGAAAUGCACAGCGAAAAAGCCACGUAAACGUAAAGAAUCAUCAGCGCUGUCUGUUGCUAGCUGCCCCUGCUUACUGCAUGGUUUUAUAGCUGCAUACUGCUCAUCAUAGGUGUCCACAUGAUGCUACACUCGUUUGGGGCUACAGUAAGAUUGCCAGAGCUGUAAGAUGUCGAUGGUGGUGUUUGCCUCUGUGGUUCGGGUCCGGGAUGGCCUGCCUCUCUCUGCAUCCACUGAUUAUGAGCAGGACAGAGAGCUUCAGGAAACCAAGAGGCACCUCAAGGGUCUCUCCAAGAAACUCAGCCAGUUCCCUGACCGCUGCACACUUAAGACUGGACCAUACAAUGUCAAUUUUACAAGUGCACUGGGUGUUGCAUACCUAAUGGUGUGCACCGCAAACUACCCCAAUGUGCUGGCCUUCUGCUUCCUGGACGAGCUACAGAAGGAGUUUAUUGUCACCUAUGACACGAAAAGAACCAGCAGCGCUGUGCGGCCAUACUCCUUUAUUGAAUUUGACACCUUCAUCCAGAAGACCAAACAGCGCUACAACAGCCCACGUUCCCUGUCCACCAAGAUCAACCUGGCAGACAUGCAGACGGAGAUCAAGCUGCGACCGCCCUACCAGCUCUCUCCUGAGGAACUGCAGGCUACGAAUGGAUUCUCUGUUCACACGCCCCCUAAAUACAAAGGCAUAGCUCCCACACAGAUAUUGGAGCCAGUGACUCUCCCAGGCAUUGUAUCCUGUGUGCUCAGUGUCCUCUGUGGAGGCCUAAACCUGCUGCGAGGAGUCCAUGCUAUAGAGAGUAUACUACAGAAUGACGAUGAAGACUUUAAUUACGUGAUUGCCUUCUUCCUUGGCACGGCAGCCUGUCUGUAUCAGUGCUACCUGUUUGCCUACUUCUCUGUCUGGAGGAACAGUAAGUCCUUCCUGGCGUUAGCACUUAUCUGUCUGUCCAACAUGUAUCUUUAUGAACUGAGGAACAUGUGGCAGAUCCUCUUCCAUGUGGCGGUGGGGGCCUUCAUGACACUGCAGAUCAGACUGAGGCAGCCACUGGGCAAAGCGCCAGACUACAAUGUCUGACAAAAACCCCAAACAGAAAGGACAAAAGGACCUUCAAUCAGGUGGUCCCGCACAUGUUCUGGAAAUACAGUGGAGACGCCACUGAGGACAAAGUAGAAACAUAUAACAGUCCUCCCAGUUCAGGACGAAAAACCAUAAAACCUUACAGUACCAGUGGACAGCUCUUUUUGUGGACUUGAAGAAAACUGCCUGAAUCACUAAAGGAUUUUAUGGGGUCGACUUGGGGAAGUUGUCUACUUCUCACCAUUGUCUGAUGAAGAUAUUUGCUUUUAGUUCUGUUCAGUGCAGCCAUAGUUUAGGUCAGAGUCCUGCAUGUGUCCAAUUUUGCAAAACUCAUACUCUCCCUAAGGGGAAAUAGGUCUUGCAGCUGGGUUAAAAGAACACACAGAGAUGUAGGCACACAGACUCGGGUACAGAAAACUUAAAGUAAAAAAUAAAUAAAAUAAAAUACAUCAAGUAAAAACAGGAAUCCUUGAGUAUGCCAUGGCUAAUACAUCAUCAUCAUCAUCAUCAUCUUCAGCCCCAGUAGUUACGGAAAACUAUCAUCACUUGCACUUUAGUAGUAAGUGACGCAUGUUAUGAAUAUGAAACCUUUCGGUAUCAGAUUUCCAGGUGUUAAUUUGCACAUCAGAUAAAUUGUAUGUUGCCCUUAAUUAUUUGACAAGACAUUUAAUGACAGCUUUUAAUACUCGAGCUACAGUGCUGACAUAUUUCUGUCUGUACCCAAAACUGAGGUACCCAGCCCUAUUAUUAUUACCUAGGAUUAGGCCAGGCUUAACAGAUGUUUAGCAGUAUACAGUUUAAAUUAAACACAGUAUACUGUAUUUUAUGUUUAAACUGUACAUAUAACUGUUAUGACUGAUACAGUGACUUGGAAAGAUGAACAUAAAAAGCCUGCAACUGGACAUUCAGUUCAAUUUAUUGUACAGUUUUUAGGUUUUCCCUCUCCCAUUUAUGUCACCCACAUCCAGGAAAGCAUGUUUCUUGUGUCUGUUACAUGCACUUUUUGCACAUGUACUUGUGUGAACCUGACCGGUGCAGGACUCUGGUUUAGGUCUUUGUUUAAAACUAUGCAAUGCUGCAUUGUGUGUAUGUGGGGGGGAGGGGCUUAUUUCAGUUUUAGGGGUAUUCUAUAUAAGGAGCCAAUGAUUCUACCUUAUUUUGCAAAUAUUUCUCAUUUUAUAGACAGUUGAUUUAGCUAUUUAUUUACUAACUGACUUUUGCCACAUGUGGUCAGUGACAAUUAAUAAAGCUUUUAUUGUUUAAUGAUUUCUUGAUUUAAUUCUUUUUUUUCUUUAUGCAGACUAGUUGUCACAAAGCAACUCCUGCACAGUUAACAUUCAUAUCCUACUUCCACACCCACGCUGCCUAAUGGCAUAUGUCAGUGUCAAGUGACUGCUGAUUAACAGGUUUGUGUUGGAGGCUGUAUAGAUGUGUCACUGUGUUGUUGAAGCCUCAGGCAGCCAGUAUCAUCUCAGCGUGCUUUCCUUCCACCGAGCCCAACGGUUCCGACAUGCUUGCUUCUGCCACUCCCAAAGACAAAACUCAUCUUCUUACCCUUUUACCUGUGUAAUAGAUGUUAUCACGGUGUUCACCUUUACCAUAAUUACAGUCAGGAGAGGCAACAUUCAUUGUUAUUAGGCAGUAUGAGAUUUGUUCAGGCAAUUUGAAAAGAUUUCCUGGCUUCCUGCACAAUUCCAACAAUAUAUAGCCAACAACUGGAGAAUUGAGUCAUGUCUUUAUUGUUCAUUGUUCAUGAGAAACUUAACAGCAUUGUCAUAACAUCUUUUUCAUUUAUUUUUUUUUAAAUAAUCUCUCUUACUGAAAGAGGUUAAAAGUAAAAAUGAAAAGCAGUAUGUAGCUCCACUCCAUGUGCAUCUGGCAUCUGCACUACAGAUCUGCCGGGGGACCGCUGCAACACUUCAGCCUCAUAUGAUUCAUCAUCAUGCUCUUUGAAUGUUCUUUUGCUUCCAACAGCGGUACCACACCUACAUGACCUAAUAGCUCUUUUCACAAUAUAGCUCAGACUUGAUUGCAUUUGAAUUGAGCUUCACUGGCUCAGAUUGUUUGUGUUCCCAUUCUCCUUUUCCACAGCAGUCACAGUAAAUGUGUAGUGGGAGUGUGUUGUGUAAAAUAGGAACAGUGAAAUUGAGAUUUUUUUUAUACUGAUUUAUCCAAGUAUGUAAAAUAAAUGUAAUUAUUUUCAGGUAUUUAGAAUAAACUGCUGCAACCCUAUUGUAUGUAUUGUUGUAAAAAGUUUUACAUUUACAUUUUUUAUUUUACGAGUUCCCCAGUCAUGAUUAGAAAACCCACAUAUUGUAAACAGUGAUGUCUCUCUUAUUCAGCAAAUUAAGAUCUUGAAAAAAGAGGAUUUUGCUGUGAACUGGAAAAUGUGUUUGAACACUGGAUUUAAAGCAUAUCAUGAGACCAGAAGUGCUUGAGUUUUGUCUAGUUUCUGUUACACAUAAAACUGCAUUGCUU